AUGAAGCUGAGGAGUCUACUCUCAGCCGCGACUAUCCAGAGCGAGCACGCCAAAAACACAAGGACGAUCGAGAAGAUACCACACGGAUCGAUCUUGGAGCAGGAGGGAAUCAAACGAGCGCGCGCCGUCACUCCCUCGCAACUUCAAACCGAUUUCAAUUGGAAUGUCGCGACUUGGGAGACUCUGAGAAAGAAGCACAAGCUUGAAGACAAAAGAAGUGGACCAAAUCGUCGAGAAUAUGCCCCACCGUAUCAAUUAGAAUCAAUCGAGCUCUCGAUCAGCACCCAGCUGUACACCAUCUUUUGUGUCGAUGGAGAAGACGUGUUGCUCUUCUGUGAGAGCACAGAGACCCUCGCCGAUGCCCUCAAGGCCUCCAACAAGGGCCAACAAAGUACGGACAUUAUUUUCCAUGCCUUGCCAGGCGAUGGUCAGGAAAAAGUAUUGAGCUACUUCGGUGGAUCUCGGCUCAACAUACCCUCCUACACCGGCCUUCUCGACUUUAUCAAGGCCGUCCCCCCAUCCGCAAAGGUGACACGCCUAACGGAUCCAAGUGAUACGCUGGCCACUAUGGUCCCAAACACCAACUCAACGUUGAGGCGGCGGCCUCCGUGA